AUGGCUGCAUCAAAUUCUACCUCAUUUCUACUAUCAUUUCUCAUUAGUUUAUUAUUAUUUGCGUCAAUGCAAUUAUUUCGUACACAACUUGCAUCAAAUCAACCAAUGACUAUUAUUGGUGGUUUUAUUGGCUCAUUGGUUUUUAUUUCACUCUUAACGGCUGUAAGCAAUUUUGAAAUGAAUACUUUUGGACCGGGUUAUCAAGCACGAAUUAUUCCUGAGGUUAUAACUUGUUUAUUUAUCGCAAUGAUUUGUUGUGGAUUAGUUCAUCGAGUUUGCGUUACUACUUGUAUUAUUUUCUCAUUAAUUGCACUCUAUUACAUAAAUCGUAUAUCAUCAAGUAUCUAUGGAAAUGCAGGUGUACCAGCAACUGGUUAUGCAACACAAAACUUAUUAUCAAACAAGAAGAAACAAAAAUGA